AUGAAGUUCUACCAACACGUCCUGGCCUUGGCCUUUGCUGUCAAAGAGGUCAAUGAGAACCCCCACAUCUUGCCCAAUAAGACACUCGGGUUCCACAUCUAUGAGAAUUACUAUGAUGAGAAGAUGACCUAUCAGACCACCCUGGAGCUGCUUUUCAAAUCACAGGGUUUUGUCCCUAACUACAAAUGUGACACCCAGGAAAAUCUUGUGUCCGUCAUUGGGGCUCUUGACCAUGAGAACUCCAUCCGUAUGGCAAACGUCUUGGAUCUCUUCAAGAUUCCACAGGCCAUCAAACCAUAUGGAGCAGAAGAAAAUGAUUUUCUGAAGAACUUCUGGGCACAAGCAUUUGACUGUACCUUUGUGAACAGCAACGAGUCCUCAGAAGUCGAUGGCGCUUGCACAGGAGAAGAGAAGCUGCAGAACCUGCCUGGGCCAGUUUUUGAAAUGCACAUGAGCGGCCACAGCUAUAGCAUCUACAAUGGUGUCUAUGCCGUGGCACAUGCUCUGCAUGCCAUGUACUCAUCUAGAUCCAACAUUAGAGCUAGGAGGAGUGGCAUAAGAUCAGAAUUUCAAGAUCUUCAGCCUUGGGAGGUUCCUCCUCUUUCUGAGUGUAACACACACUGCCGCCCUGGUUCUCAGAAGGAAAAAAGGGAAGGGGAGAAAUUUUGCUGUUACAGUUGUUCUGCAUGUCCCAAAGGGAAGAUUUCCAGUCAGAACGACAUGGAUGACUGUAUCAAGUGUCCGGAAGAUCAGUAUCCAAGCAAGGAACAAGAUCGUUGUCUGCCCAGGACAAUACAUUUUCUGUCUUAUGAAGAGCCUUUAGGGAUCAGUUUGGCGGCCAUUGCUAUGUCGUGUUUCCUGAUCACAGCUUUGGUUCUGGCAACUUUUCUUAAGCACAAAGAUACGCCCAUAGUCAAGGCCAACAACCGAGAUAUCACCUACACUCUGCUGGUGUCCCUCUUGCUCUGCUUCCUUUGCUCUUUGCUUUUCCUUGGAGAACCAACCAAGGUGACUUGUUUGCUCCGCCAAUCUGCUUUCAGCAUGGUCUUCUCAGUGGCUAUUGCAUGUGUCUUGGCCAAAACAGUCACUGUGGUUGUCGCUUUCAUGGCCACCAAACCAGGCUCCAGCAUUAGGAAAUGGGUGGGGAAAAGACUGACCAACUCCAUUGUCCUUUCCUGCUCCACCAUUCAAGUAGUGAUUUGUCUGCUGUGGCUAGGAACCUCUCCCCCAUUCCCAGAUUUUGAUACACAAUCAUUGAAUGAGGAAAUAGUGGUGGAAUGUAACGAAGGAUCUGUCACCAUGUUCUACAUCGUCCUUGGCUACAUGGGACUUCUGUCUAUCAUAAGCUUGACUGUAGCUUAUUUUGCCAGGAAGUUGCCAGACACUUUUAAUGAAGCCAAGUUCAUCACCUUCAGUAUGUGUAUGUUUUGCAGUGUCUGGAUAUCUUUCUUCCCAACCUUCCUGAGCACCAAAGGGAAAUACAUGGUAGCUGUGGAGCUCUUCUCUAUUAUGGCUUCCAGUGCAGGGUUAUUGGGGUGUAUCUUUUUCCCCAAGUGCUACAUCAUUCUGCUGAUGCCUGAACUGAAUGACAGGGACCAGCUAAGAAGGAGAAAGCAAUAA